UGGCCAAGUUAAAUCUUCAGAAAGGCACAGUUUGUCCGCUGCACAUCAAAACAACAAUCUACCAAAAUGUUUGCCAAAAUCAUCUUCUUCUGCGCCCUGGCCAUCGCCUGCGUCUGCGGUAAGCCACUGUUUGCGUACAACACUUACUCGGCCCCUCUGGUUGCGGCUAGUCCGGCCUACGCUGCCUAUGCUUCGCCCUAUGCGGCCGCUUACACCGCCGCUGCUUACACCGCUGCUCCAGUUGCUACCGCCGCUUACACCGCUGCUGCCCCGCUGACUGCCGCCUACACCGGAUAUCCAGCGUACGCUGCCUACAGCCAGUACGUUCUGUAAGAGCAUUUGAAAUUCUAUGGUUUUUGACAACACAAUCGCUCGUUGAUGGAACAAUUCUUGGAACUUUUGUUUUGCAAUGCAUCGUUGAGUUUUGGAAACUUUUAGGUUAAAUAAAGGCACUGUUUAGCAAAC